UUUAUUCAUUAUUAAAAUAGCAUAGCCAGCCGCAGUACGUUUGCAUGCUCGCUGGCCACAAGGUCAAGCAAUCAGUGUACUUUAAAUUCACUGCAAUGUUUAGCAAUAAGACUUUGGUGAAGACCAAUUUAACGGAGCCGGGUCGUGGAAAUGCUGUGGCUGCAACAGUGGCAAAAUGUCUUGUGUUUUUCAUCACGAUCACCGCGACGAUGGUGGGAAACAGUCUGAUAUAUGCAGCGAUGAAACAAUUUCGUGGUCUGCGAACGCCAGCAAACAUUGUACUUUGUAGUUUAGCGACCACAGAUCUUGGGAUGGUAAUUGUAAUGGUUCUUCAUGCCAUAACGGACGUUUCGGGACACUGGAUUUCAUCUGGGACGCUUUGUGACUUUGUGGCAACAUUAGGGCUGGUACUCGCGUUUAUCUCUAUACUACACCUUUGUUUUUUGAGUAUUGAUCGGUAUGUAGCGAUAAAAAGCCCUUUAAGGUAUCUUUUAUUAGUUACCAAACGACGCGUUUUUAUCGUUCUUGGAAUCCUCUGGUUGCUGCCGUCCAUUUUUCUCAACCUUCCCGCUGCGGAUUAUCGUUUUCGUUCCGAAGUCUACGGCUGCGCAGCUAAUACAAACUCAACAGAGUUAAAAUUAAGCCCAUAUAUUUUCAUUUUUGUAGCAUGUUUUGUGGCUAUUCCAUUUGGUAUUAUGUUAUUUACAAAUGCAGCCGUAUUCCGCGUAGCACUUUCGCACGUUAAAAGAAUGAGCACGAUUGAGAGACAAUUGUAUCAAACAUCCACCACGAGUGAACUUUCAAGCUGCCACGAGAAGACAUCGCAAAGGCCUAAUAAUAAUACUAUCAUGUUAAAACGAGAGAUUAAAUCAGCUAAAACAUUUGCGCUUGUAAUUGGCGUGUUUUUGGUCUGCUACACUCCUUUCUUUGUUACUGGGACGUACCGAAAGGUCGUCGGUAGAGAAGGAGUUUCUGACCUUGUAAUGUUUAUUACUACUUGGUUGGCGUUUGCUAAUUCAUUCAGCAACCCUCUUGUUUACAGUCUUCGCUAUUCGCCCUUCAAGAAAGCUUUCAAGAAACUCUGCUGUGUUCACGUUUUAAGGAUUACAGGCAACAAGAAAUUUAGUAUGUUUCAGGGGAGUAAAACUGGUCGUAUGCAGGGAAGAACUAACAACAACGCGGACGUUGUUCAGGCGACCKCUUUAGCAUUGAAAAAGGAAGAAGAAAUUCAGAAAAACGUAUCAAAUSGACAGGAGGAUGACAAAAAGGGACAAAAAGCAAUACAAAGUCAAAUAUUACACAAAGAUGACAGCAUCACGCUGAAAGAUUCAUCGCUGUGAAAAAAAAUAAACAAGUUUUAUCUGUCGAUAAAAAAACCCUCUUGAAUUGGUGGAUAUAUCCUUAUUAAGCCGAGAUGACGGAAGGAGGUACACAGAAACAGCCGCAUGCGGUUGCUUUUAAAAUUCAAAUUGUUCUAAAAUUCCCUGAUGAUAGCUUGAUUUGGGGAAUUCAAUUUCUUUUCAAUGAGAAAAUAUUAUUGUUUGACGUCAGGCAAAGUAAAUAAUGUUCUGAGGUAAUGAGAUUUUUAAAUAAAUGAAAUUUCCAACGUUUGAAGAUGCGACAUUUCUGAACAUAUGCAAAAUGGUGAAAAAAAUGUUCAAGAAUCACCUUCAUUCAAAAAUCUGUCACGUUUUGUAAAACUGGUUCAUUAAAACGUGUGAUACUCUUCUAACAAUUUAGCGUCAGGAAUACUGCUUUUUUGAUGCUAAUUUUCAAAGGUUUUAAUGUUUGAAUAGUCAAAGUUUUUAGCCUCUUGAACAAACAUUUUAUAAUAAAGGACCCGUAAAAUAAAUGUAUUUGAGUUCCGUCAUUCUUAUUUCAAACCUAAAAGGACAUUUCAAUUAUCUCAAAAUGCGCAGACAUCUAAAUUGGCACUGAAGAAAUUAUUUUUUUCAAAUAGUGCUUCC